CGAGAGCGUCGUGAGCUAAAGCCCUGCCGCGGCGCGAGUUCGGCAUUCGCAGCGCGGGUUCAUUGGGCUGCCCCCAGGAGCAUCACUCAUGGAUCGGCGGGGAGGAGCCUCGCCGCAGACGCCCGUCAAGCGGCGUUCGAGACUCGACGAGGUGACCUUCGGCGCCGACGGCCGCGCACGCGACACGCACGCUCAGCAUGCGCGCAAGCGUCGCCAGAUAGCUGUCUCCGACGACGACGAGUCCGAGGACGACGCGUCGUCGUCAUUCCUGUCCGCGGCCGGGGCGGGUUCCAAGCCGACGCGGCCGCGGCGCGCGGCCUCGAAGCGCGCCGUCGUCGAGAGCAGCAACGACGACGACGACGACGACGACGCGUCCUCAUCGGACGAGGAGUCGGAGUCGUCGGAGUCCGAGUCCGAGUCGGAGGAGGACGUCGAAGCGGCGCCCAAGAAGAUGUCUGAGGAUGACGAGCCCACGGUGAAGAAGAACAAGAACACGGGCCGGUGGACCGAGGACGAGCACGCGCGCUUUUUGAGAGGUCUGGAAUUGUUCGGCAAGAAUUUGAGCAAGGUCGCCGACUUCGUGCAAUCUAGAACGUAUUCACAAGUGCACACGCACAACCAGAAGUACCUGAAGAAGCUUGCGAAAGGGUCAUCGACGCGGCGGAAGCCCCGGUACUGGACGGCCGACGAGACGCAGGCCCUCAAGGACGGCUACAAGCUCCACGGCGAAAAGUGGGCCAAGAUCCUGCGCGAGUCCUCCGUCUUGAAGAAGGGCGGCCGCACGCCCGAGGACGUCCGGGCCAAGUGGGUCAACCUCGAGAAGAAGAAGAAACGCGAGGCGACUCCAGUCGAGAAGAAGAAGAAGAGUGAGACGCGCGACUGGACGCCGGACAUGGCGCGCCGGCAGGCUGUGCAAGCGCGCGUGCUGCGGGGCGGCCAGCUCAGCAGAGAGGAGGUCGACUCCCUGGGUAAUAUCGAGGCGAUGACGUGGGCUUGUGCGAUGGGUAGCUCUGCGAAGGCUGAUGCGAUAGAGUUAUGUCGAGGAGGAAAGAUGACCGCCGUCUCCCUCCCAGCUGCCGACGCUCUCAAAGACUAUUGCAGGUCGUGGUUCGAGACGAACGACGGGCCGUUCGUGCCGGACGAGGCCUGCUUGGAGGAGUUAUGGAGGAGAUGGAGGUACGAUAGUUAUUUGCCUUCGGCUGUGAAGAGAGAGUACGUCAGGAUGCUGCGGGCGGCGCGCGAGGACAUCAAGGAGCGCGGCCCGCGGGUUCCUGUCGAGGAAGCCAUCAAAGCGGCCCAAGCGCGCGUUACUGGGUACGGCCGACGAGACAUCGAGCUGUUGAGUAGAAUCCAGAGCACGGUGCGCCUAAGAGCGUGCACCAGCGAGCUUGCGCUGAGUGUCGGUACCUGUGUGGAAAUCAAAGUUCGACAACCUAACUCACUGGUUGAUUUCCACACAGAUGAUAGUUCAGCCGGAGACGACGCUAGGGGUCGCAGUAGCCUGCCGCGACGCGUCCCCGGAGGCCGCUGCGGUGAUGAUCGUCGCGCUUGCUGCCGACGAGGACAUCAAUAGAUUUUGGCCGGUUCUAUCGCAGUGGGAGGCCUGGGUCAAGUCCGAGGAGAUGGGAAGCCGUUGGCGGCCGACCGUUGAGAUGCGCCACGUCGGCGACGCGUCGUGGCGCAGCUUCAAUUCUCAGACUGAUGCGGCGAGGGCGUUCGGCGUCGACCUGAGCGAGGUCCAGAUCCUCAUCCGGAACCGGAGGGCGUCGGAGAGGUCGCGCCGGUUCGAGGCAAGAAAAAUAGCAAAUGAUCGCAUCAAUCGGAGUGACGAGGGGCGAGACUUUGCUCUGAUUGUCGCGCCGCCGCCCGCGCCGGAACAGAUCACGAAGGGCAAAGCACCGUACCGUUACCGUACUAUGGAUUGCACGAAGGGUGACGCGGCGCCGGCCGCCGCACCGUUGCCCGCACCACCACUGCCUAUCGAAGCCGCGGCCAGCGCCGCCGCCGCGCCGCCAGCGGCGGCGGCGGCCUCGUUGUUGAUGACGUGCGUCGGAGCGGACGCGAGGUCGGGGUUCGUCUCGGCGCUGGGGAGCUGCGCGGCCCCGGAGGACGCGUCUCCGGCCAUCUCCGAGAGCCUACCCUUCGGCGACCGCACCGGGCUUCCAUGGAGCCCGGCGGAGGAGGACGCGCUGCGGGCGCUCGUCGAAGAGAAGAAGAAGGGCGAGACGAUGACGUGGGAGCAGAUCGCCGGGCGCCUCGGGACCGGUCGGUCCGAAGGAGCUGUUAUUCAACACUGGUCGGUAAUGCAUUCCAGGACCGGGCCGCGGACCUAUCCCUGCAAGCACAAGUGUGGCCGAGUCUUCAGCCACGCGAUCGCCGCCUUCAACCACUCCAAGGCCUGCAAGUACCGCGCCGUCGACUGGCGGGCUCAAUUUCCUAUUGAUGGCGGCCUGCGGCCACCGCACUGGAGCUGGCCGGGCGCCGACUCAUGCAUGACGCUCGCGGAGAGGGCGACGCUCGCGGCGGCCGAGGCCCGCGAGGAGCAGCGGCACAACGAGCCGCUCGUGGCGAUACUCGCGCCGGGGCUCCGGCUCCCGUGGGAGGCCGUUCGUAUUAUUGUGUCUUACUGGGCGCGCGGCGCGGCGAAGGCCAAUGAGGCCGAGGAGGCCGCGGCCGAGCCCGUCGCCGAGCCCGUCGCCGAGUCCAUCGCCGAGUCCAUCGCCGAGCUCGACCCCGAGGCGAAGAAACGCGCCCGUCUACUGCGGGCACGCGCAUUGAUCUUGAAAGGCCGUUUCCAGGCCUAGAGUUGCUGCCGUGGCCGCGCCGGCGCCCGAGGCGAUGCCGACGCUCGGGGGGCGCAUGUGAUAAGCCUGAGUACUAUG